AUCUAAUUUGCGAAGGAGAGAUGUAUUGCGCGGGAGUUCAUCAAGGAGUCUGAAGGAAUCGUGUGCGUCAUUGUACUUCGAAUUUCUGAAUAUCUAACCCUAAUAUCAGAGGGAAAAAAUUAGCGAGUUCCGUAAAUGUCAUGAAUUAACUCGAAUAAAUUCUACGUUUCCUGUAUUUGUUAAUGUUUCUUGAUAUUCUUCAGGCGAAUAUCUAUAACACCAAACGAAGAAAUGUCUAAGGAUAUAAGAUCAUAUUUUACAGUCACUCCGAACAAGGCUUUAGGAAAGAAUGUCUCUUCGGUAAAGCCGAGAAAAAGAGCAGUGAUUUCCUCUGAUGAAGACGAUGUACAAAUAAUUUCUCCUGUAAAGCGACAAAAGGUUGCAAAGAAACAUGGAAGGUAUCACGUAUUAUCUGAUUCUGAUGAAGAAACCAUUCAGAAAAAAGUUGAGAAAAGUGCAAAACCCAAACAGCCAGAACCUAAGAAAGUAAUUUCUGCAGCGGAAAUGUUUGGAACUGCCCCUGUUAAAAGAAUUGCUGCUCCAAAAGUAACAAAAAAGCUACAAAAUCAGGAAGCUAAGUUUCACGAAGAUGAUGAUUUUGAGACUACAUUAAGGCAGCUGGAUACGUCUGAAAUUGAAAACAAAUACGUUCAUGACAUUGACACAAAGGAUGAAAAUAAUGUAAACCAUAAACAUAAGCACACAUCUGAAUCAAAAUCUAGAUCACCCAAGGACGAUGGUCAAACUAAAGGAUUUAAAGAUAUGCAGAUGAAAGGACCUGAAGUACAGAGAAACAAAGGCUCUGAUGCUGUCAAUGUUUCAUCAAGAACUGCAAAAGAGGACAUGAAGUCUCCUAAGAAACUUCAUCAUAAAUCUGAACAAAAAUCAUCAAGUACUCCACAGAAAAAGCACAGCAAAUCAAGCACCAGUUCAAGCGAUGAUUAUUCUCUAAAACGAAAAAAGCAGACUGAAAAUUCAUCAGUUUCUGAAAAAGUUAAUUUGAAGCGUUUAAAAAAAAGAUCAGAAGGCGUAUCUGAAAUUACAAUUGUGAAGAAACCUAAGACAGAAGAACAUAAAAAGUCACCUAAAUUAGAUCCAUAUGAAGAGAGAAUUAAACAAAAAAAGCAAAGUGCAGCUUUGUAUCAGCAAUAUCUCCAUAGAGGUGGUGCUAGACAUCCUGGUUCAAAAAAAGUUCCAGAGGGUGCAGAAUAUUGUUUAACUGGCUUAAGUUUUUUAAUAACUGGAGUACUCGAUUCAUUAGAAAGGGAAGAAGCAGAAGAGUUAAUAACAAAGUAUGGUGGCAGAAUACAGCAUCAAGUUUCAAAAAAGACUGAUUAUGUCAUAGUUGGAGAUCAGCCUGGUCCUGCAAAGUUAGCUAAGGCUGACAGCUUUCAAGUUAAACAAAUAUCUGAAGAUGAUUUAUUGGAGUUAAUUCACACGAGACCUGGUGGUAAACCUACUGAUAUUAAGCAGUCACGUUCUAGAUCAGAAGAAACAAAGAAACAGAAGACUCCUGAUCCUAAACCUAUUAAAACUUUAAGUAUUGCUAGUACAUUACAACAUAGCCCACAAAAGAAUCUUAUAACUGAAAUUAAUCAGAAAAAAGAACUAUUAAAAAAAGAUGAACCAGUGAAUCCCAUUGAAAGUUGUAGUAAGGCUGCUACACACUGUGAAAUAAAUACCACAGACAGUCCUGUAGAAGCUAUGGUAGAAAAAUACAGACCUAAAUCUAUGAAACAACUAAUCGGUCAACAAGGCGAUAAGAGUAAUGCAAAAAAAUUGUUCAAGUGGUUACAAAAUUGGCACAAGAACCACAGUGGCAAGGUCAAACUUACCAAACCAAGUCCUUGGAGUAAAAAUGAUGAUGGAGCAUUCUUUAAAGCAGCUCUGUUGUCUGGACCUCCAGGAAUUGGCAAAACAACGACAGUGUACGUUGUUUGUAAAGAACUGGGUAUGGAUCCUAUAGAGUUCAACGCAUCUGAUACGAGAAGUAAGAGGCUUUUGAAGGAGAACGUCUCAGAAAUUUUAUCGAAUACGACAAUGAAAAAUUAUUUUGUUGGUAAUUCUACGGAAAAACCAGGUGCCAAACACGUGUUGGUAAUGGAUGAAGUCGAUGGUAUGGCAGGUAAUGAGGAUCGUGGUGGGCUACAGGAAUUAAUAGCUUUGAUAAAGAGUUCUAGUGUUCCUGUAAUAUGUAUUUGCAAUGAUAGGAAUAAUCCAAAGAUGAGGACACUAGCUAAUUACACCUUCGAUCUCAGAUUCCAAAAACCAAGACUGGAACAGAUUCGAGCGUCUAUGAAAUCCAUUUGCUUCAAAGAAAAUAUAGAAAUCUCUAACGAGGAUUUAGAUCGUUUGAUUGAAGCGACAAACCAAGAUAUUCGCCAAGUUAUAAAUUAUUUGGCGAUGUUAACUACAAAUGGACAAGAUACCGAUAAGAGUUGCAGCAAGCAAGCAAACAAGCACCUUAAAUUAGGGCCUUGGGAUGUAGUUCGGAAGGUUUUCAGUUCCGAAGAACACAAAACGAUGACCAUACACGAUAAAUGCGAUUUAUUUUUCCACGAUUACAACAUAGCUCCACUUUUUGUUCAAGAGAAUUAUCUCUCAGUAAUUCCUUUAGCACCGCAAAGAGAGCGUUUGGAGAGGGUAGCCAAAUCUGCUGACAGCUUAUCCUUAAGUGAUCUCGUUGAAACUGCAAUUCGGUCGAAGAAUUCAUGGUCUCUUUUGCCCACUCAGGCUGUUCUUUCCUCGGCAAUUCCUGGCUCCCUUAUGUCAGGCAGAAUCAGCAGCCAAAUCAAUUUCCCGUCCUGGCUUGGACGUAAUUCAAAGCGAAAUAAAUUUGACAGACUUAUACAAGAGGUAGCAGUUCACUCGACCGUAACCACUUCAGCUAGCAAGGAGGCUAUGAAUUUGGACUACUUAAAAUAUUUAAGAGACACCAUAGUCCGACCAUUGGCUCAAAAUGGUGCAGAAGGAGUAAAAGACGCAGUCGAGACCAUGGUCGCGUAUCAUUUAACAAGGGAAGACUUGGACUCGUUAAUCGAAGUGUCCUUGUGGCCUGGCCAACACGAUCCAAUGCAUGUUGUAGAAAGCAAGAUAAAGGCAGCUUUCACGCGAGAAUAUAAUAAACAUCCGGAAGCCGAAUCCGCAAUUGGUGGCGGUACGUCGAAGAAAAAGUCUAAAAAAGUCUCGCAAGAUGAAGGCUUCAUCGAGGGAGAGGAUGAAGAAAUUCCAUCGGAACAGGACGAGGAUGAUCUGGAAUCCGAUAAAAUGAUCAAGGCUAAAAAAUCAUCUACUAGCAAAAAGGCCGAAUCAAGUUCCAAAGAACCCUCAAAGCCUUCGAAACGUGGUAAAGGGCGUGGUAAGGCGAAGUAGAAGUUUGUUUAAUAUUGAAACCUUAUUUUAUUUAUAAGAUGUGCGUUACUUCACACCGCACUGGAAUGCUCAUUCAUACUUUCUUUUCGUUUACGAAGUGAUGAUGUAUGUUUGUACUAGGUUAUCGAAUGAACUCUGCUAAUAAAGGAGAUCAGUAUUUUUUAUUUAA